GAAAGAAUGCCCUUUGUGCAUUUGCCUCCGUCUCGAAACAACGCCAGACCAGAAACAAUGAGCGAUUCGCUGAACCCUCCGCUUUCUUAUGAAGCCUCCGCUACAACUACCCAUCGCCAUGUUGCAACUACCCUCCCACCGGAGGUUUCAUCGUGCCUCAAGAACUCCCGCUUCCUUCACUUAGCAACAUGUGAUGGCCUCACUCCACACAUUUCCCUAAUGUCCUACACAUAUCUGCCCUCAACACCCUUCGAUCCGUACCCCACGAUUAUCAUGACCACCAAUUCCUCGUCUCGGAAGACCACUCAUCUACAGACGAACCCACGAGUCUCGCUACUAGUACACGAUUGGGUGUCACAUCGUCCGCCUACCCGUGCUUCAAACCCCGGGAAUACUCGCGAUGGAUCACCUCCACCCGCAGCAACCCGGUCCUCUCUGGCUAGUCUGCUACUGAACCUCAACACGAGUGCGCUGUCCAGCAUUUCCACUACUAUUACGGGGGAAGCUCGCUUUUUGCAGCCGAAUUCCGAGGAGGAAACAUGGUGUAAAGAGAGACACUUGGAAAAUAACACAUUCGAGGAAGAAAUGAGCACUUUUGGCCAGGCACAGCAACCUGGUCAGCGCCGGCCCAGUCUUUCAAUUGACGAUGAUGUCCGAGUCAUCACCAUCCGGGUGCGCGAGGGCCGACUGGCUGAUUGGAAAGGAGGCGUGCGAGAUUGGCUUGUCGUCCAAGAGGGCGAAGAAGGGCCCGACGAAACCACUCCUAACGGUGUCGUACUGUAGGAGCUUCGUGCUCUAUUUGGAUUGUUCCUUAUAUGUCCGAUGAUCUAUGGAUCUUAUAUGUAUUGAAAAUAAAAGAGCAUUCAAGUCU